GUUACUCAACCGCCGCCCGAUGCAGUCAACUCCCCAACUCAGAUCUAAGGACAAAAUCGUCAUUUCCCCUCUUUAACCAAUUUUCUCCAGAUUCCAUUUUCACAAAAACUAAAAACACGUAACAACUCAUAUACACGAUCCAAACCGACUCCGACGGAAUUACCACCGUAAACCACCACUAAACCACCGUAUCGCCACCAGAUCUGUUCAUAAAAACCGGGGAGAUGGCUUCUUCGGAAGCCGAAUCCCGUCUACUCAACACUCUCAUAGUCCCUGCGUUAGAAAAAAUCAUCAAAAACGGUUCGUGGCGGAAACACUCAAAGCUCGUGAAUCAGUGUAAAUCGGUAGUAUCACGCCUCACCGCACCGGUAAACAACCUCUCUCCUAACUCUCCGUCGUCUCAAUCUCCGGUUUCCGGCGUGUUAUAUGAUUCCGGUACGAACGAGCUAACCCUAGCGGAAUCGGAAUUUGUGUUAUCGCCGUUGAUUAAUGCGUGUGUUUCAGAAACUGUUAAAAUUGCCGAACCUGCGUUAGAUUGUAUACAGAAAUUGAUAGCUCAUGGAUGCUUACGUGGCGAAUCGGAUCCGUCCGGUGGAGAGGAUGAGAAACUGUUGGCUAAGUUGAUUGAUUCGGUGUGUAAGUGUCGAGAGCUGAGUGACGAGGGAGUGGAGUUGUUAGUUUUGAAGACGAUAUUAUCGGCGGUGACGUCGAUGUCGUUGAGGAUAGUUGGUGAUAGUUUGUUGCAGAUUGUGAGGACUAGUUAUGAUAUUUAUUUAGAUAGUCAGAAUGUGGUGAAUCAGACGACGGCUAAGGCGUCGUUGAUUCAGAUGCUUGUGAUUGUGUUUAGGAGGAUGGAGGCGGAUUCGUCGACGGAGCGUGUGCAGCCGAUUGUUGUGGCGGAGUUGAUGGAGCCGGUGGAGAAAGGAGAGGAUGGUGAUGGGGCGAUGGCUGCGUUUGUUCAAGGGUUUAUUAGUAAGGUUAUGCAGGGAGUGGAUGGGGUUAUGAAUCCAGGGUCUCCGAUUGGGUCUAGUGCGGGUGUUGGUGGAGUGCAUGAUGGGGCGUUUGAGACGAAAACAUUGAAUCCGGAGUCAACGAAUCCUACUGAUAUGUUGGAUUCGAAUGAUAAGGAUAUGUUGGACGCGAAGUAUUGGGAGAUUAGUAUGUAUAAGACGGCGUUGGAGGGGCGGAAAGGAGAGUUGGUAGAUGGAGAUGGAGAGAGAGAUGAUGAUGAAGAGGUUCAGAUCGGGAAUAAACUGAGACGGGAUGCUUUUUUAGUGUUUAGAGCUCUUUGUAAGCUGUCUAUGAAGACCCCACCAAAAGAAGCAUUGGUGGACCCGUUGUUAAUGCGGGGGAAGCUUCUUGCCUUGGAGUUGCUCAAGAUAUUGUUGGAGAAUGCAGGGCCUAUUUUUCGAACCAGUGAAAGAUUUUUGGGUGCCAUUAGACAGUACUUAUGCCUGUCUCUAUUGAAGAACAGUGCAUCAACCCUUAUGAUUAUCUUUCAGCUCUCUUGCUCGAUUUUCAUUAGCCUUGUGUCAAGAUUUAGAGCUGGAUUAAAGGCAGAGAUUGGAGUCUUUUUUCCCAUGAUUAUUCUCAGAGUUUUAGAGAAUGUUGCUCAACCUAAUUUUCAGCAGAAAAUGAUCGUAAUGCGGUUUCUUGCAAAGCUUUGUGUUGAUUCACAGAUCUUGGUAGAUAUAUUCAUCAACUAUGAUUGUGAUGUUAAUUCAUCUAAUAUAUUCGAGAGAAUGGUAAAUGGUCUUCUGAAAACCGCUCAAGGUGUGCCACCUGGCGUUGCGACAACACUCUUACCGCCUCAGGAAGCAACCAUGAAGCUUGAAGCUAUGAAAUGCUUAGUGGCUAUUUUAAAGUCAAUGGGUGAUUGGAUGAACAAACAAUUGCGUAUUCCCGAUCCUCAUUCUGCAAAGGUUUCUGAAGUGGUUGAGUAUAGUUCUGAAAUUACAAAUCCACCCUUGGAAAAUGGGGUUGCAACUGAACAAGAACAACCUAUUGAUGGAUCAGAUUCUCAUUCUGAUGCUUCAACUGAAAUUUCAGAUGCCUUAACGAUCGAGCAACGCCGUGCUUACAAACUUGAACUCCAGGAAGGUAUAUCACUGUUUAACCGCAAACCUAAAAAGGGCAUUGAAUUCUUGAUCAAUGUGAAGAAAGUGGGAAGUUCACCAGAAGAGAUAGCUGAGUUCUUAAAAAACGUUUCUGGUUUGAACAAAACUAUGAUUGGUGAUUAUCUGGGGGAACGUGAAGAUUUAUCACUUAAAGUAAUGCACGCGUAUGUGGAUUCCUUUGACUUUCAAGAUAUGGAGUUUGAUGAGGCAAUCAGAACAUUUCUAAGGGGCUUUAGGUUGCCUGGCGAGGCACAAAAGAUUGAUCGAAUUAUGGAAAAAUUCGCUGAACGUUAUUGCAAAUGCAAUCCAAAGGCGUUCAUCAGUGCUGAUACGGCUUAUGUUCUUGCUUAUUCUGUUAUAAUGUUAAAUACGGAUGCUCAUAAUCCCAUGGUGAAGAAUAAGAUGUCAGCCGAUGAUUUUAUAAGAAACAAUCGUGGUAUAGAUGAUGGAAAAGAUUUACCAGAGGAGUAUUUGAGAUCAUUGUUUGGACGGAUAUCAAAAAACGAGAUUAAAAUGAAAGAAGAUGAUUUGGCUGUUCAACAAAAGCAGUCAGUUAAUAAUUCAAACAAGAUUUUGGGCCUGGAUAGUAUAUUGAAUAUUGUGGUGCGCAAGAGAGAUGAGGAAAAUCAUACGAGUGAAGAUCUUAUGCGGCAUAUGCAAGAACAAUUUCAAGAGAAAGCACGGAAAUCCGAGUCGGUUUAUUAUCCUGCUACAGAUGUGUUUAUACUUAGAUUUAUGAUAGAGGCAUGCUGGGCUCCUAUGCUUGCUGCCUUUAGUGUUCCUCUCGACCAAAGCGAUGAUGUCAUCAUUAUUGCACAAUGUUUGGAAGGCUUUCGUCAUGCAAUUCAUGUUACAUCAGCGAUGUCCAUGAAGACUCAUCGGGAUGCUUAUGUCACUUCAUUAGCAAAGUUUACUUCCCUUCAUUCACCAGCCGAUAUAAAACAGAAAAACAUUGAUGCGAUCAAGAUGAUAGUUACAAUUGCAGAUGAAGAUGGUGAUUACUUACAGGAGGCAUGGGAGCAUAUCCUCACAUGCGUUUCUAGGUUCGAGAAUCUGCAUCUAUUAAGGGACGGAGCUCCACCAGAUGCUACUUUCUUUGCCGUUAAUCAGAACGAAUCCGGAAAGUCAAAACAGUCUAAGUCAAACAUACUUCCCGUUCUCAAGAAAAAAAGGGCUGGGAGAAUUCAACAGGCAGCUGCAGCAAUGCGAAGAGGUUCAUAUGAUAGUCCUGACAUUGGUGGCAAUGCUUCUGCGGGUAUCAUUACGUCAGAACAGGCACACAAUUUGGUCUCAAACUUAAAUAUGCUGGAGCAAGUUGGUGAUAUGAAUCGUAUAUAUGCAAAAAGUCAGAAUCUUAACAGUGAGGCGAUAGUUGACUUUGUGAAGGCGCUUUGUAAGGUUUCCAUGGGGGAGUUACGAUCUGCAUCUGAUCCACGUGUUUUCAGCCUAACGAAAAUAGUCGAAAUUGCGCAUUAUAACAUGAACCGUAUCCGGCUUGUUUGGACAAGUAUCUGGAACGUACUCUCUGAUUUUUUUGUGACCAUAGGCUGUUCUGAAAACCUGUCAAUUGCUAUAUUUGCAAUGGAUUCUUUACGCCAACUGUCUAUGAAAUUUUUGGAGAGGGAAGAGUUGGCUAAUUAUAACUUCCAGAACGAGUUUAUGAAACCUUUUGUGAUCGCCAUGCGGAAAAGUAGCGCGGUGGAAAUCAGAGAAUUAAUAAUCAGAUGUGUCUCUCAAAUGGUUCUAUCGCGUGUUAAUAAUGUCAAGUCGGGAUGGAAAAGCAUGUUUAUGGUCUUUACAACAGCAGCUUACGAUGACCACAAAAACAUCGUACUCCUUGCUUUUGAAAUAAUCGAGAAGAUUGUGCAAGAUUAUUUCCCGUAUAUUACCGAGACAGAGACCACAGCUUUUACAGAUUGCGUAAACUGUCUGAUCGCAUUCACCAACAGUAGAUUCAACCAAGAUAUUAGUCUCAGUGCUGUCGAAUUCUUGCGUUUAUGUGCUGAAAAACUAGCAGAUGGAGGUAUCGGCUUUUCAAAGAAUAAAGAGAAAGAAGGUUCCGAGAUAGUGAAAUCCGCACAUCAAGGAAACAACAAGAAUUAUGAGAAUGGGGAGUUGGUAGAUAAGGAUGACCAUCUAUACUUCUGGUUUCCAUUAUUAGCUGGGCUGUCUGAACUUAGCUUUGACCCAAGGCCCGAUAUUAGGCAACGUGCUCUUCAAGUACUCUUCGAUACAUUACGAAACUACGGUCAUCACUUCAAUCUACCAUUAUGGGAACGCGUGUUCGAAUCCGUCUUAUUUCCAAUCUUCGAUUACGUUCGACAUGCUAUUGACCCUUCUGGUGAUACUUCACCUUCCGAACACGGUCUUAACGGUGAUGAUGAACUCGAUCAAGAUUCUUGGCUCUAUGAAACAUGCACACUUUCACUCCAGUUGGUAGUGGAUCUGUUCGUUAACUUUUACAGUACCGUUAAUCCACUGUUAAAAAAGGUGAUGGCUUUACUAGUGAGUUUUAUUAAACGUCCUCAUCAAAGCCUUGCGGGUAUCGGUGUUGCUGCGUUUGUUCGUUUGAUGAGUAAUGCUGGAGAGUUGUUUUCCGAUGAUAAGUGGUUUGAAGUCGUUUCGUCUCUAAAGGAAGCAGCUAACGCAACAUUGCCUGAUUUCUCUUUUGUUUUUUAUAAUGAUGGUAUGUUUCCAAAUCGUGAUGAUGAGUCGGCAGAAAGAGGUAAUUCGGAAUCUGCAGAGUCUAGUAUGCAGGAUGAUGAUUUGAGGAAAAGACGAAGGGCCCGUUUGUAUACUGCCGUUUCUGAUGUUAAAUGUCGUGCUGCAGUUCAACUUUUAUUGAUACAGGCAGUUACAGAGAUCCAGAACAUGUAUAAACCGCAACUAUCAGUAAACAACACAAUGAUCCUUUUGGACGCAGUGCAUGACAUGGCAAACCACGCCCACAAAAUAAACGCUGACAUGUCACUACGCUCCAACCUACAAGAUCUGGGGCCCAUGACCCAAAUGCAGGACCCACCAUUAUUACGCCUCGAAAACGAGUCAUACCAAAUGUGCUUCACACUGUUGCACAAUCUCGAAACCGAUAAACAAGUUGAAGCUUACCUCGUUGACCUUUGCCAUGAAGUCUUGAAGUCAUAUGUUGAAAUAGCACAUGUGGUUCCGAUGUCUUCUAACAACAACAACCAACCCCAUUGGUUGAUACCGUUAGGGUCCGGGAAAAAGAGAGAAUUAGCUUCUCGUGGGCCCGUUGUUGUUGCGACUCUACAGGCUAUACGUAGUUUGGGAGAUUCUUCGUUUGAGAAGAAUCUUGCUCGUUUUUUCCCUUUGUUUUCGAGCUUGAUAAGAUGUGAGCAUGGGUCGUAUGAGGUCCAGGUAGCACUUAGUGAAAUGCUUAGCUCUUCAGUCGGUCCUAUUCUGUUUCGAUUAUGUUGAAAACUGGUGUUUUUUUAUUUCUAUCGUUUUGCUUUUUUAUUCUUUUAACCUUAUUUUACUUCGAUAUUUGUUUAAGAUAUACUCAUAGCGUAUGUAGUUAUAUUCUUGGGCACAAAUACAUUUAGAAUCAAUAGUUUUCGUUGAUUGAUUUUGUUGUAUCAUAGUUGAUUCUUCUA